UCCUCCUCUGACGACCUUUCUUCUCGCUGUAGCUGUAUUGUUAGUGUAUCUGACAGUAUAAUUAUGAGCUCCUCUGGGGAUAAAGGAGAGAGGGAACUGUUUGUGGAUGGCUGGGAGUUCAUGCAAACACUGGGGGAGGGUGCUUAUGGAGAAGUGAAGCUGGCUGUUCAUAAGGAGACUCAAGAGUGUGUGGCUGUGAAGAUCAUGUCCGUAGAUGAGAAUGGAGAGGGGCUCACUCACGAGUGCUUGAGGAAGGAGAUCUGCAUACUGCGGAUGUUGAAGGAUGACCAUAUUGUCAAGUUCUACGGUCAGCGGACUUGUGGGUGUGUGCAUUACCUCUUCCUGGAGUACGCUGAUGGUGGUGAACUAUUUGACAGGAUAGAACCAGACCAUGGAAUGGAACCGGGAAUGGCCCAGCACUUCUUCUUGCAGCUCAUGUCAGGAGUGGAGUACCUGCACAAAAGGGGUGUGGCCCACCGUGACAUCAAGCCCGAGAAUAUUCUGCUCGAUGGAUUCGAUCGGCUCAAAGUAUCUGAUUUUGGUCUAUCCACCGUCUUCAGACAUCAGGGCAAAGAGAGGAAGCUGUGCAGGAGGUGUGGCACUCCUCCUUACAUUGCUCCAGAGGUGUAUGCUGGUAUGGACUAUCACGCUGAACCUGCUGACCUUUGGUCAUGUGGUAUAGUACUGGUGGCUCUACUGGCAGGAGAGCUCCCUUGGGACGUCCCCUCGUCCGAGUGUCCCGAGUACAAAGAAUGGAAGGAAGAGAACUAUUUUUUUUCACCUUGGAACAAAAUCAGCAACGAGCCACUCGCCCUACUAAAGAAGAUGCUUCGUCACAGCCCGAGUAAGAGGUGCACGGUGGAAAAGAUUAGGAGCAACAUUUGGUGCAGAAAGACGUACCCUGUGCUGGACCAGCCCUCUCAGGACGCACUAACUAUCGUCUCUCCAACGCAUCGACCCUCAAAAAAGAUCAAAAUUGACAGUUCACCACGAUACUCAGACAGAACCGGGAGUGAGGCCACAGCGUCACAGCCAGUUCAUCACCGUGAGGGAGGUGAGGGUGUAGAUGGUGUGGUAGGAGUAGAGAGCUUCACUCAACCGUCACGAUUUGACGAGCUUAUCGUCGGCACUCAGAUUCCCUGCACUCCUGGGGCUUCUCAGACGCCAUUCCAACAUCUCACUCUGAGGAUGACUCGUUUCUACACCCAUCAGAGCAGUGUGAGAGUGUGGGGGAGACUGCAGCAGGCACUCAGAAAACUGGGCUAUGAGCACAGAAGCAGUGGAGAUAAGGUUAGUCUGGUCGUGUUCACAGUGGAUCGUCGCAAACAACCUCUCGAGUUUAAAGCCUCUAUUUACGAACUGAGACCAGAUUUGCUGCUCAUUGAGUUUAGAAGGUCAAAGGGUGAUGGAAUUGAGUUCAAGAAAAUCUUCAAGAAAAUCAAAGAACAAUGUUUGGACUUGAUAUGCAAGCCGCCUCAAAUACAAUGACAUCACUAACUCAUUCAUUCUCGUGCCAUUAUAUACCGCCUUGUACAUCUCUAUGCCACUAUAUACUUUGUUGUAUGUACAGUUGUUGUCAUUUCACUAUGUAUCUAUAUCUAUGAGAAUAUCUCUACAUUAA